GGUCUUGCACCAUCUCAUCUUCCCCAAGAGAACAUUUAUCCCCCAAACCCAAGCGGACCAAAUUCUUUGCGCCAAAGCCGGCGUGGCUGAAUUUUUGACAAGAUGUCUUCCGAUGAAAUUGUCUGGCAGGUUAUUAACCAGCAAUUUUGUUCCUACAAGCUCAAGACUACUAAGGGCCAAAACUUCUGUCGCAAUGAAUACAACGUCAGCGGUCUGUGCAACCGCCAGUCCUGUCCGCUGGCAAACUCUCGCUACGCUACGGUCCGAUCAGACCCAGAGACUGGCGUGAUGUAUCUAUACAUGAAGACUGUGGAACGAGCACACAUGCCCAGCAAACUGUGGGAGCGGAUCCGGCUGUCCUCAAACUACGCCAAGGCCUUAGGGCAAUUGGACGACCGGCUUAUCUACUGGCCGAAAUUCCUGAUACACAAGUGCAAGCAGCGUCUUACGCGGCUGACACAGGUAGCGAUUCGCAUGAAGAAACUCGCAAAGGAGGAAGAGCGCCUGGGUGAGAAGAUUGUGCCGAAGUUGGCGCCGAAGAUCCGACGUCGGGAGGAGACGCGCGAGCGCAAGGCCGAGUCUGCGGCUAAGGUGGAGAGAGCAAUUGAGAGGGAGUUGAUUGAGCGGUUGCGCAGUGGAGCCUAUGGUGAUCGGCCGCUUAAUGUGGAGGAGGGUAUUUGGAAGAAGGUGUUGAGGGGUUUAGAGCGUUCUGGAGAGGGUGAGCGGGAUGAGGACCUGGAUGAUGGUGAGGAAAUCGAGGAUGAGGAGGAAGAAGGUGUUGGUGAGGUUGAGUAUGUUAGUGAUCUUGAUGAGGAUGAAGACUUGGAAGAUAUUGAGGACUGGCUUGGUGGCGAGUCGGGCGACUCGAGUGAUGAUUACAGUGACGAGGAGGACGAGGAGGACAGCGAUGAGGCAAGCGACUCCGAGGACAAUGAGGAAGAGCAGAAGAAGGCCAAGCCUGGGUCUAAGCGAAAGUUCUCUGCACCGCCGCCGAAGCCCAGGAAGAAGGGUGGUCGAAUUGAGAUCGAGUAUGAAACUGAGGGCGCCGCUAAGGAUAGCCUCUUCGCAUAGAGGAAACAGCCAUUAUCUCCCAGGUUGGGUUACGGAAACAGAAAAGCAAGGCAUCAAUAUCAUGGUCUUUUUGUCAACUCUAUUUACUUUGUUUGGCGUUAUUUUGGUUUCUGUCGUGUUGGUCUGCUGCCGCCGCCAUUGGGCGUCUCAUACCCAGCGAUUGCAUAUACAUAUACAUACCUAGGUUACGGCUCCACGCUCUUUUCUCGUCUCGCAGCUGGUGCGUAAUUUUGAUUAGUCCGAUUAACGGUUAUAGGACCACUUGGUACAUCUAAUCUGCG